AUGUGUCGCAUUCUCAACUAUGGGCAGGAACCUGACCACAGUGAAAUCGAGGCCGAUAGGAUCGCGAUGACCAAUUUUUAUCCCAAAAUUUUGCUUUCCAUGGAGAGGUUUGCAGCGGACGAAUCUUUGUUAUCAGUCUCCAUCUACGACAUGAUUCAAGUAUUCAGAUCGCUUUUUGAGGCCACCGUCAGCACAUCAGUCGCAGAAUCUGAAACAAGCACAGUCACCCAAGUGAAUCGUGUGGCUACAUCAAACAGCAUUCGUCUUACCUUUCCUCUGUCAGCAUCUCACGAAUUGCUUCAUCGCCAGAAGAGCACAGCAAAACUUUGUUCAAUUUCUGUAGCAAUGCUCAGAUGCCUACAGCCAAAUAUGAAGGGGCAUGAGGAGAUAUUGGAAGGAACGCUGUUCCAUCUCCUCAAGAUAGUCGGUCAACGUCUUGAUUGGGCGAUGUGGGACGAUGACGACUUUCCGACGGUUGAGCCGGAAGAAACAGCGCAGGCACAAGUAGACGGCACAGGUGUGAGCAACCAUGAAAAUCUUAAGUCUCAAGCCCCUUACCUGAUCUGGUUGCUGGAGAAGUUGAUCGAAGUUGCGGCAAAGUUUCCUCAGCGAGCACCUUGUGAUAUGAAGGCUAUUGCAGCUACGACAAAGUUGACACGGCCGCCUCCGUGUAAUUUGUCAAGGCCUUUGUGGAUCAAAUUGCAGCAUACUCUCAUCAAGGCUGUCUUCGGCGAAGAAGGCACAAAAGAUUUCGAACCGUUUUUGCACAAGCAGCCUGCGCCAGAAGCCAACUUGCCAGAGUCGCAGCCCAGCCGGAACUCGGAAGAUUCAAGGACGAACUUCAAAAAGGAGGUUUGGCGUAUCCUGGGUUGGGAUGUUUUGGGUGUCUACGUCAACGAAGCUAUACCAGAGGAAGGCCGCAAUCAAAUCCUCGACGCGGCGAACUCGGCUGAAAAUUGA